GGGCCAGGCCAAGUCGGCUCUUGCGUCGACAUCGACGGGGAGAAUCGGCUGUGGGCAGGCGAUGAACUGUAGCGCGUGACAGCGAGAGGUACUUUGAUUGGAUCCAUUGUCCGGCCGGUCUGCGUGCAUCACCUGAUUGCAGCUCUGCAUUUCCUGGCUAUAAAGCGAAGGGGCCCUUGGGCUGGCCGCGGGGACUGGAGAGGGAGAGAGUCCUCCCAUCCACAACUUCUUAGCUUUUGCGGGAUUGAGAUCCGGCAGGGGAUAGAGGAAGCUGAAUUUCGGAAAGGAGAACAGAAAAAUGGGGAUUGGAGAUGGAUCAUCAAAUGGGAACCAGCAACUGGUGCAUAAGGAAAUACGAGAUGAGACAACGCCACUUCUUCCAGUCAAAGUGGAGGAGGACGAGGGGUUUCAUGAGUUCAACGGAGCUUCAUUCUCUGGGGCAGUUUUCAAUCUCUCGACCACCAUAGUUGGGGCUGGAAUUAUGGCUCUGCCAGCAAGUAUCAAGAUGCUGGGCAUCAUCCCAGGGAUUCUGUUGAUCAUCAUUGUCGCACUGCUCACAGAGGCAUCCAUCGACAUGCUUGUCAGGUGCAGCCACCAGGGCAAGAUUACAUCAUAUGGGUGGCUGAUGGGAGAGGUUUUCGGGCAGUGGGGGAGAAUUGCGCUGCAGGGCUCUGUCAUAAUAAACAACGUUGGCGUGCUAAUUGUUUACAUGAUUAUCAUUGGUGAUGUAUUAUCUGGAACAACAUCAGGCGAUGUUCAUCAUCGUGGUAUAUUGGAGGGCUGGUUUGGAGCUCAUUUGUGGAAUUCUCGUUCCAUUGUUCUUCUUGCCACAGCUCUUUUGGUGUUUGCUCCAUUGGUGAGCUUUAAGCGUUUGGAUUCAUUGAGAUACACAUCUGCGUUAUCAGUUGCCCUGGCAGUAGUUUUUGUUGUAAUUACUGCUGGGAUUGCCAUCAUCAAGCUCUUCAAUGGAACUGUAGCGAUGCCCAAACUUUUUCCAGAAUUAGAUGGUCUUAAUUCUAUCUGGAAUCUUUUUACAGCUGUCCCUGUUCUUGUUACGGCCUACAUCUGCCACUAUAACGUUCACAGCAUUGACAAUGAACUUGAAGACAGAACACAGAUCAAACCGAUUGUGCGGACAUCGCUGUUCCUGUGCUCCAGUGUUUACAUUGCCACAAGUUUCUUUGCAUAUCUCCUCUUUGGUGAGGGCACACUGGAUGACGUGCUUGCCAACUUUGACGCAAAUCUUGGCAUUCCAUUCAGUUCAGUCUUUGAUGACAUAGUGCGAGUGAGCUACGCUGCACAUGUCAUGCUUGUCUUUCCCAUUGUCUUCUUCGCCCUUCGGCUCAACUUGGAUGGGUUGCUCUUCCCCACAUCAAGGCACAUUUCUCGUGACAAUAAGAGAUUUGCCAUCAUCACCAUCUCUCUCCUCACAGUAAUAUAUCUUGCUGCCAUUCUCAUACCAAGCAUUUGGGACGCAUUCCAGUUUACUGGUGCCACAGCUGCCGUCCUAAUUGGUUUCAUCUUUCCUGCCAUGGUCAUACUUAGGGAUUCUUAUGGAAUCGCAACCAAACGUGACAAGAUUCUGGCUGUAACCAUGAUCGUGCUUGCUGUUCUGUCAAAUUCUGUUGCCCUAUACAGUGAUGCGAUGAACAUCUUCCGUAAGAAGGAAGUGGCCUGAACUUAAGAUUUCAAAAGUAGUCAGUGGUGGAUGAAGAAUGAUCGUAAUGCAAAACUCGAUGAUACGAAGGAAGAUGAUGCACUUGGCUUCCGUGAAGAAAAAAUUUAUUUAUCAGCACCUCGGAAUUUGGCCACUUGAAAGAAUCUGAAGCUUGAAGUUUCCUGGUUUUGUGUACACAAGUUGGCUCAGUAUCCGAAUUGAGCCGCAUGAAAUAUAUGUAUAUUCUAUGCGAAGAGUAAGGCUUGGAAAAAGCUUUCUCCACAAUAAUGUACAGUUAUGCCAAUUUCUGAAUAAAUUUUGUGAAAUGUGGACAUGGGCGUCUUGUCUCGAAUGAUUAAGAAUGAUAUGAUUACA